GUCAUGGAGAUGAAGCCUGUUCGCCGCCAUAUUUGAAGUAAAGUUUUUCGUCGAACGAUUCAAGUUUUCUAACAUAACAAAAUGCCCGAGGACUCGUCGAAUUCGUAUAAUAUACGACCCAACUUUAAGCAGAAAUUUCGUCCCGCUGCUGUAAAAGCAGUAAUUCAUGAUGUUUUAAACGAAGAGUUAUCUGGAAAGAAAUACAGUUCAGAAGAGGCUACUUCAUGGUGUAAACAGAUAUCUGACACAGUGAAAGAAAAGUUGAAAGAACUUGAAUUGGACAGAUAUAAAUUUAUUGUCCAGGUAGUCAUUGGUGAACAGAGAGGAGAAGGAGUCAAGUAA